AUGAUUUAAAGAAAUAAUGAUCAAUCUGACCUAGAUUAUCAAUGGAUUUUUUAAAAAUAUCAGGAAGUUGACUACUCAAUUGCGGAAAAUAGAAAGAUCCCAAUCAUCUUUAAUUACAAAAAAUAAAAUGUUACUUUGGGAGGAUACUAUAUUCUUCCACAUAAAAAUUGGAUGAUUAUUGAAUAUUAACUAGAUGAGUACAAAGACAUCUACUUUUUUGAAGUAUAUGACCAAAAUACAAGAGAGUUGAUAAAAACAUUUGAAUUCGAGGAUUGUAAAAUAGCAAUUCAUUACAGACGCUUCAAUGAUGUUGACUACAUAUUCUAUUAGAAAUAAAGAAGCUUUAUUUUAGUAAAACUGGAUGAUUUAGAAGAUAGAGAACAAAAGUAGCUGAUAAAGUUCAAUUUUCAAGAAGAUGUUUAAAUCUAAAGAGCUUGGAUUUUAGAUGAAUCUACAAUCACAAUGAAAUGUAAAAUUGUCAAUCAGAGAAGAUAAUUUGUUUUCAAGUUAGACAAGUUUAUCACAUAAAUUACUAAUGAUCAAAUAGUCUAGUUUAACAUCAAUAUUAUCUCUUAAGGAAACUACCAGAAAGUGGUAUCUUAAACGAAUAAAGAGAUAUUUUUAAGGGAUGAAUAGUAAAGUUAUUUUCAACUGCCCUGUGGAUUCACUGAUAGUUUUGAUUAAAAUGUGUUAAUCAACCAUUUUCUAUUUUAUAAAAACUCAAAGACCCUAUUUAUUAAUAAAAAUACACUUGAAGUAGAAAAAACUAUUGACAAAAUAUUUCAUGUCGUUAAUCACAAAGGUCAUUAUGAGUAUCUCAUGGAUUCUGAUCUUAAUCUUUAUACUAUUGAAAAAGCAGGUAAUAUGAAUCUUACUAAGGUUCAUUAGCUUUCAUAGAAUAUAGUCUAAUAAUUCCGUUAAGUUGUAACUACUCCGAAUAAGAUAUUUGUUGAGUACAAAUUAAAAACUUAGAUUUCAAUUGUUUAAGUAUAUGAUGCAAGGACACUUAAACUAUUAAACGAGAUAAAUGAACCUGAUGGUGCUAAUAUUGAGAUAGAUGCCAGCAAUACCUCACUCUACUUUCUUUUCUAGAAUAACUAAUUCGAAUUCUUUGACCUUAAUAAGAACUAUGACUACUUUAAAGACGUGCAACCGUUUAUUUUUCAGGGACAGCAAAUUCUAAAAAACUAGAUCAUAAGAAAUCUUAAUAACUAUUUAAUCUAUGAUUUAAAAACAAAUGAUUCAAUAAUCGUAUAAGACAUGAUGAGUGGAAAAUGUCGAGAAAUAACUAAAGAGCAUGAGAAAAAUUGCCUCGAAUACUUAAGCUUUGAUUAAAACUUUUUGAAUGACAGCGAAUUUUAUGAAAAAAUAAUUACUUAUCAGUAUGGAAGACUUAAGAAGAUAAUCUGA